AUGGCGGUCGAGGUCGAGGAAGCUGAUGUCAAAGUUCAAAGACCAGGUUCACGGUUCACCAACAAACCUCAAAGCAUGCCAUUCUGGCUCAUCCCCUACGAAUACGCUCCCUCAAGUUCUCGCGUCUCUAACGAUUCGCAGCACUUGAUAUCCAUCUCGACUGAACAAAAAGGACUUGGAGCGAAAGCCACCGAAGGGUACGAUGGCCAAAGCUGGUCGCAGUGGAUCCGGCAAAAGCUUCAGCUUGGAAACUCGAACAAGUCUAGACAGGCCGACCGUUCCGAAUCAUUAAGCCUGUCUCAAAAACUUUCGGAUUCUUCUGGAAUUUUCAAUCAGCAUCGAACUACUUUUGCUUUCAUUAGUGGAUCAAUUUUCACUGGACUAUUUAUUUGGACGACCAAGUACGGAUACAAGACAUUCUUUCGAAGGAUCUCAAACUCAGAUUAUGUCACCCCAAGGUUACUUGGGAGAUCAACUGGCUCACGUGGUAAGGGUUUGACGAUCAAGGGGUUUGUUACAAGUGUAGGUGACGCCGACAAUUUCCGACUAUAUCAUACUCCUGGUUUUGGUUGGAGUACAUUUCGAAGUAUACCAAAACAAAAACCUGCGCUCAAGGAUCAAACCAUUCACAUUCGCUUGGCUGGCGUAGAUGCACCUGAGCUAUCACAUUUCGGUCACCCUGAGCAACCUUUUUCCCAAGAGGCCCUUCUUCAAUUGAAAAAGUUGGUCGAUCAAAAAACUGUAAAGGUUCAGAUGUUGAGUAAAGACCGCUAUAACCGCAUUGUUGGUAUGGUCUACGUUCGAAGAUGGUGGUGCUCGCCACUUCGAAGGAAAAAUGUCAGCUUGGCGAUGGUAGAAGCGGGCUUGGCAACUGUGUAUCGAUCAAGCGGAGCGGAGCAUGGAAGCAUCUUGAACCAACUGACUGCAGCAGAAGCCAAGGCUAGGAAAAACAAACUAGGAAUGUGGUCUCAAAGUGCCAAAGAUUUCGAAUCUCCUAAAGACUACAAACUCCGCUUCUCAAAAGAUUCGGGCUCUUCAUAA